AUGAAUUGCUCUCAGUUUACGAUCAACACUCUGGACACUCAACCAAUUGCUCCUCCUUCGAGUACUCUGUCUUCAAGUGCUGGUCCUUCUCGAAGUAGUGAUGACGCUACUUCUGCUUCCAUUCUUUUGCUUGAUUUCGAUAUCACUCCAUUCUUUCGUAAGAUUUAUCCAGAGCCGCCUAAAUUAGGCCCUUCAGGCAAACGGAAAGCUACAGGGAAUGCUGUUUAUCGAUGCCUCCAUUGCCCUGCAGAUACGCCAUGGGAAAGCAAACAGAAAUCUAACGCUCGCAAUCACGCUCGGAAGGUGCAUUCCAACAUCGUUAUAAACUCCCGUAGUAACCUCGGUGUGGAUUCGAAUUCCGAUGGCGUCGAAGAGCCUUUCCAGAAGCCACGGAUUGACCACUUUUACGCCCUUCAAGCCUCCGAAUCAUCUCUCCGCCGCGCAUUUGAUCGACGGCGAUAUAUCCAGGCCUGGGUCGGCCUCCUAACUAGGAGGCGCCUUCCAUUUUCUGCAGUUACCUGGGAUGAGAUGUCGGAAUUAGUACUAGCGAGUAACCCGGCGGUGGAGGAUUUAUUGCUCACAUCUCGGCAUGCUGCGAUGCGGCAUAUAUCUGCUAAUUUCGAUCUGUAUCGAACCAGGCUUCGAAGUUUACUUGAAAGCUCUAUCUCACUCGUGCACAUCUCAUCUGACCUUUGGACUAGUCCUCACCGGCAUGGUAUUCUGGCCCUCUGUGCCAGAUGGAUUGAUGCAGAUUUGAAGCCUCGACGCGCGCUGCUAGGGAUGCCAGAGUGUAAAUUCAGCCAUAGUGGAGAGCAUCAAGCAGAGCUCAUGCUUGAGGUGCUUGAGAUCUACGGUCUUUCUAGAAGGUUAGGAUAUCAUACCAGUGAUAAUGCUACAUCAAAUGAUACAUGUCUGCAACACCUUUCGCGGCUUCUAAAGGAAAAGCAUGGCGGCGAUUUCAAUCCCAAACUGCGUCGUAUCCGUUGUGUUGCGCAUAUUCUCAAUCUCUCCCUUCAGGCGUUCCUUCUAGCCUCUUCAAAAGAAGCCCUGAUCGCAGCCCUCGAAGCCGCCGAUGAUACGACAGGUGAUGCGAUGUAUGAGCAGUUCUACGAAGCACUAAAUACAGCUGCGGAGAGGGAAUCUAGCCAAUUAACUGGGCGGAAGCGCCUUGCGAAGAGAGGUAGAUCAUCUGAUCCAAACUACCAGCGACUAGCCAACUUCUCUGGAUGGCGUCAGAUCUCUGCUCUAAGGAAAAUACAUCACCUUGCUGUGUGGCUGCGAACUUCAUCAAUUCACUCUGAUCAGUGGGAUAUGAGAGUAGGCCUGCGCCUCGGCAUUGACAACGAUACCAGGUGGAACUCCUGGUAUAAGCUACUAUCCAAUGCGCUACGGAAGAAGGCUGAAAUACGGCAGUUCUUUCUCGAUUUUGAGAGAGAACUUGGUGAUAAUAUACUGACUAUAUCUGACUGGGAAUUUAUUGAGAGGACACAACAAUUUCUUCAGCCAUUUGCGGCCGCAACGUUGCUGGGAGAAGGGGCAGGAUCAAAUCUCUCCCAUACUUUGAUGAUCAUGGAUGCCUUACUGCACCAUUACGAGAAGGCAAAGAAAAUUUACAGCGCAGAAGCAACUUACGAUCCGCACCUUCUUCAUUGUGUUGACAUGGGUUGGUUCGUUCUCAACAAAUACUACAUUUUAACCGACGAAACUCCUGCAUACACUGCUGCCCUCCUCCUUGAUCCUUCAAAAAGGCUCAAGUACAUACAGCACAACUGGGAUAUCGGAUGGAUUGACAGUGUUGUUGAAAAGACCCGUAUGUUCUGGGAGGAGAAUUAUAAAAAUGCUGGACCUGUAGGUGGUACUAGUCUAUCAGCAAAAGAUGAAUCACCAUACUCUCGGCGGCCGAGGAAUGAUUUAGACGCUCUAUUUGAUGAGAUUACUGUAUGGGAAGAAAGUAAUCCUGAUGUGGAUGACUUUGAUACAUUUGUCAAAAGUCCUCCGAUUAGGAUUACUUGCUCUCCUCUUCUCUGGUGGCUUAAUCCUGAGCGGAUUAAGGCGUAUCCACGCCUUUCUCGGAUGGCUAUUGAUAUACUCUCGAUCCCACCUGAAUCAACAGAUCCAGAAUCAGCAUUCUCCGGCGGAAGACGUACUCUCAGCUGGGAUAGAGAAAGCAUGUUAUGUGAGAACGUGGAGAAGGUCGAGUGUAUCGGCAACUGGAUACGGUCGGGCUUAAUUACACUUUCAAUUGAGGGUGGAAAUGGAAUUAUAGUCGAUACAGCUAUUGAUGUAGAUGUAGAUAGAGAGGUUGAUGAUGAGCUAGACUGA